CGCGCCGCCCACCCAUUUCCAGCUUUUUUCUGUUUACAAACGAAUAUAAUUAAAACCAUACUUAGCAUGAAAAUGAAACCUUUCUAAAAACACACAUUACGAUACACGCACACACACACACACACAUGUAUAUAUAUACACACACAUACGCAUGUAUACAUAUAAGCCACACCGAUUAAAUUUCCGUGGUUGGUAAUUCAUUCUGUAUCGAUACGUUCGAAUGGAGAUAUUUAGAUGUUGAUGGAAAUAUCCAUUUCGUCAAUAGUUUUAAAUAAUAGUAUACCCAACAUGAAUGUAGGUCUAUUUAUCCAGUCAAAAGAUGAAACUACUACAUUUUCCUGCUCUUGUUAGUCAUGACAGACGUAAGAAUUUAUGGCUAUCCUUAGCGUGUUUUCCGUUCCCAAACGAUAUCUGCUGAGGAAUUCUAGUUGUUGCGUUAACCCCAGUGACGGCUGUCUUCAGCUGUGACAUCAUUUUUACCGAAAUCUGCGCCUACGAAGGCACUACCUAGUAUCAGUUUUUCCAUUGCCGAAAAGAUUAAAAAGUCAUUUUAUCUACUAUGAUGUAUAUUUACAAGGAUAUUACUGCGGCGGGAAAUGUUAAACAGCUCCGCACCAUUCCAUACGGACAUUACAUCUACCAAGACAGAGACUAGUUACAGGUUCAAAGUAGGAGGGAAGUAUGUCUUGUUCAAAACAAACUAGCCAGCUGUGUCAACGUUACAAGGUUUACUUAUUUUUAGAAUAUAAAAGCAAAUUAUCUACAAGUUGUUCUAUUACUGCAAUGGAAUAUAGCAGAUCGAAGACAGAGACUGACUAAAGAUAGUAACAGCAAACUGGAAAUUUAUCAUUUUCCACCACAUCCAUUACAGAUAUCUUUUAUCUUUCAAUUUUUCUUUCUUUCGUUUUUGUUGUUGCUGUUGUAGUAGUGCUGAUUUAUCUUUUCUUUCUUAACUCUCAUCUAUUCCGUGUUUUGGAUCCCCACAUUGCUUGCAUUUACGUUGAAAAAAAAAAAAAAAAAAAAAACAGGGGAAAAAAAAGAAACAUGCAGAAAAGCUAGGUCGAUGUGUAUGUUGAGUUGAAAGAUGGUGCGCGAGAGACUGGAAAUUGUUUCUAUUCUAUUUAGUUGCUAACAAGUGCUGCUACCGUUUUAAUUCUCCGCGGCUCCGCGAGAGCCAGUCUGCCCCGACGUAGGUAGAAUGCAUCCCUCUCUGAGGAGAAAACGGCACAAACAGUGGUGGUGCACAGUGCCAAAACCACUAGCAUCCAGUGCCAACCCAACCCGAGUAGCAGGAAUAAGUCCACUUUAGCAACGAUUUAAUAAUCACUUGCUUAAGGUUGUGAUAUAACUGUAUCGGUUUGCUUUUUAUUAUUGCUUACUGCAAACUCGAUCCUGAAAGGACGAGGAUUUUUCAUCUAUAAAAAGUAUGUGAAUCUUGCUUUUGCUUCUUCAGUUUAUAUAUACAUACAUACAUAUAUACACAUAUAUAUAUAUAUUCAUUGGCUGGCUAUUUUAUUUCAUUUUCUUUCACAAUUACAAAAAGGAAAAAAAAAAAAAAGAAAAAAUAUUAAAAAAAAAAAAAAAUUGAAAACCUGUGAAAUCACUGCCGUGUUGGGUGCCCGAUAAACCGGCUCUUAAGACUCGAGGAUUAUUAUUAUUAUUAUCAUUAUUAUUAUUAUUAUUUACCACAAUCAACAUCAUCACCAUCCUCUUCUCCGGUGUCACUGCCGCUGUCGUUAUCAACUCUAUCCGCCAACCACUAUAUGUAUGGGUAUCUACUACAUUUGGUGAUCAUCAACUCUCCACUAUAUGCUGAGGGACACCUGACAAUCUCUCUUUAGGUAGGAUUCACAAUCUGGAUUACCACUGUCAUGUGCUGACACUUUCUAUUGUGAUAGUCCUGAAAAGUACAUAACUGAACAAAUAGUGCAAGGGAUUUCUACCCCAAGAACAAAGGCUUCAGGAUCACAGAGAAAGGAUGAAGAUAAUGAUGAGGGUCCAGUAGAUGGUCCCUAUGUAAUUCCAACUCAGAUUGGUAAAGAGACACUACGUAUUGGGAAGAGCUUGGAUAGAAGGGACCCAUCAUGGAGUAGACAGAAUGUCGUAACCAUGACAGCAGAAAGCAGGGGUGAGACGGGGUGUGAUUCUGGGUCUGGAGAACGUCGCAGUGGUGGAAAUCGAAGACCUGGAAGACUACUUCCGCCUACUUCUGUGAUGGUAGCGCUGUCCAUUGUGGCAAUGGCAACAGCAGCUUUGUGUGCGUAUUGUUCAAUGAGUGGAUCCAAUGUUCUCACUGUCAGCAUUCCUUCAAGUGCCCUCUUACGUCGAGUGCGAAGUUUUACUGAACAUCCGAACCUGUCUGAGUUAACUCUGAAUAUCACUACGCUACAUGCAAACUUCAGAAUUCUUGAUUCAGCUGAGUGUGAGUCUGAUCCUUCAAAAUGUACUACCUAUGCUGUUUGUGACAACCAACAGGGAGAAAUGACAUGCAGGUGUCAGAGAGGUUACUAUUUGGAUGGACAGAAGUGUCAACUUUGUCGAACAUCUUGUCCACGUGGAUACUAUAUGGUUAAACCUUGUACGACUAAAAAGGAUGUUGUAUGUAAAGCUUGUGAUGUAUGUAAGGGGACGGAGUAUGAAAUCACACCUUGUCGAGCUGCCCAAAACAGAAAAUGUAUUGAUGUCACUUUCCCCACACAUCAAAUUAGAUAUGAUGGUAAAACCUGUUCAAAAGUUGCAGAUAAUAACAGCUUACAGCUGAUGCCAUCAGGAAAUGUAUUUGUGGAACGUUUAAACAGUAUCAAGGAACUAGAGACCACAAUGUAUGUUACAAAUAAUCAACAAGCCAUGGAUUUCAUUUGGAAAAGAGAAUCAGGGCUUCAAGUAAAAGCUAGUAUAACUGAUGUGUUUUUGGUCCCAGAAUAUGUAGAUAUUGACCAUUCUGAUGACAAUCAAUAUUUUUUGCAGAGUGUUUUUGUACACAGCGAACUGAAACAGACAUUUCGGAAUAUCUUAAAGAGUUACUGUAGGCAUCCGCUGCCAGAUUAUUAUAAUAUGAUUCUGGAAGUUCAUCCCAAUCGAAGUACUAAUGCUACAGUAGUUAUAUGUGACUCCAAAAAUCCUGCAGUACCACAAUGUCCUAAGUCUUAUAGUGAUGGUCAGAAAUAUAUCAAACGAUCUACGAAUAAUGUUUGUCCGAAAUUAAAGGGUAAACGUUUGAAGGCACUCUCUCCGGCUGCCAAUAGCAUUGUUUGUUUAGAUGAGUCCCCACUGUUAACAGCUAUAUUUGGAAUGAAGACAGCAAAUGUUACUGAAUUAAUGUUCCGAUCAAGGGAAUGUGAAAAUUUCACAAAGAGUUGCCUCUCCUGCAUUCAACGAGGCUGCAGAAAUUCCAAUAUUUAUUCCCCUAUUGCAGGUCCUCUGCGUGGUGAAAAUUCUUGUUGUCAAAUUCCAUGCUACAGAACUUACUCAUGUCGUAAAUCAUAUGACUCACUUUGCCCUCCCAGUCCAGUUGAAUGUGCAACAGGUGAUGCCUAUGUGUUCACAUUACGGCCAAUGUUUAACUCUAUAUCGAGUCAGUUCUUCUGCCACUUACAAUAUAAAAAGCCGACAAAACUGUACAGCAUAAAUUAUAGUGUUGACAUCCCCCAAGUGGGGUAUCAAUUUAAAGAAAAACAUCGAACAGUUUUAGCAGAAUCUACUGGUUUCCACCAUCACAGUUUAGUUACUGUUGACUUUAUAUCUGUUGAACAUUCUUCACAGCUACCUGUACGGGAGCAAGCGAUACUUGUAAAAGAUCACAGUAGAGCUGAUUUUUCUCUUCAUUCAUUGAAGAAAGCCGAGGAUUUUGACCGAAAAUUUGAUAUAAAUAAUCCCACAGACAACAUCUUCUCCACUGAUGCCCAGUUUUCAAAGCCAUUCGAAUAUAGCUCUAUGACUUGGCAUAACGGUGGUUGUGGUAAAAAUUCUUCGAAAAUAUAUCCUGCGCAAUUGCUAUUUGUUGAUCAUGGUGAUUCAGUUAAUGCACAUAAGUCUGUCUUUGAUGGACGGUUCCAUUAUCACAUAUCAAACACCAAAGAAACACCACAAAUAAAAUUACUAAUCAGUGCAAACAGCUCAAUAUUAAAGCAUUAUCAACAUGAUUUUCCUAAUGCCUUGUUGAAUAGCAGUAGCCUUGAAGUAAAGUUAUUCUGGCAACCAGUCUUAAAAAAUUGGAUGAUGAAAAUUAAAGGGGUUCUUUACUCUUGCCCUGGCUAUUUAAGAAUGAAAGUUUAUGAUAGUGAGCAUCGCAUCUGCUACGGAAGCUAUGAUAUGUUCAUCAAUUGCCCAACCACUUUUCAGAUAUCUGCAGUUCUUACUGAAUGGGGUAACAAGCAGCCAUCAAUUUUAACUGUGAUGCUCAGUGACAUCGAAAGUACUCAUCGCCUCCAUUUGACCACUCACGAAAUCAAUAAAGACUAUAUGAAACCUUCAUCAAAUUCAUAUAGACUCAAAAAACAUAGCACAGUUAGAAUUUCACCUUGGAAACCAGUUAUUGCAAUUCUUGUAUCUGCCAGUAUUCUAGGUACAAUGAUGUUAUGUACCUUAGCUGGUUUAUUAAUUUACAAUGUUGGUCGUCGAACUAUACCAUCACUACCACCUCCAUCACCAGCACAAGACGAGCGCCGGUCUUCACUUCUCAGCAGUCCUGAGCAAGAGCGACCUCUGGAAAUUAUUCCAAGACCCCCCACUGAAACUUCCAGAGGAUUAGUUUUUCUAUUUAUAGUCAUUUAUUUAAUGUAUUCAUUCUUCUUUACAUUGUCAGUUACGUUGGGUUUGUUCUAUGUCAUCAUCGGUCCAUCUGUCAUCUCAUUACAGAACACUACCGAAAUGAGUUAUCAUGUGCGACAGAGUGUAAACAGAUGUUUAGAAGAAAUUAAAGCACAUGAGAAAUUUGAGACAAUGCGAAUGUUGGACUUGAUAAAACAGAGACAGAUAUCAUGUCAAUCUCAUCUUGACACUGAAGUCACCCACAUUCUACAAGGAAUGCACUCUUCCACAAGAAUGGUCUUGAGAAGUGUUUACAGAGACAAUGGAUUGCUGAAAAAGUCUGUGCAUGACUUGUUUAUGUCUAAACAAUUUAAAUUUGAAUCUGAAUUAAAUGAAUUUAUCUGCGACACUAACCAUACGUUAUAUAAUCAGCUUCUGAGCUUUCGUUCAAAGUACAUCAACUUCCUUAAGAAAUUAGUUCACAACCAAUGGUUGGAAUUUCCAAAGAAAAUAUUUGAACGUCAUGGUUCUAUAAAUGAUGUAUUCGAAUCAGAAAAUUCACUGCUGGAAUAUCUCAACUGGUUAGAAGUAGACAAAGUAUUUGAAGUGAGUCAAGUGCAUGAUAUUAUUAUGAAGCAAAUGGUUGAAUCCAAACCUAUUUUUCCUGGUAAUGAUAUUUUGGCUACUAACCCAGGACGAAAUAUUAAAUCUGUUUGGAUCCGACUUCAUACUGAACUUGAAGAAAGGACGUGGGAGCUGUCGAAAACUAGGCACGUCUUUCGUUACUUAUUAUCUCAUGCCUUUAGCUAUGAAGACACCAGCAAUAGAGACUACUACCAAGAUAUACAAUAUGAAGAAAAGAGGGAAAUUUCUUCUGGUGGCAGUAAAACGUUUUUCUCAGUGUUGGUAGCGAUUUUUAUUAUUUUAGAUGCAUUGUUAUUAUUUUAUCGUUUCAAAUGGAUGAAAUGUAUGCUGUCACAAAUUAGAUGUGGCUAUGUGCAGAAGCUGCCAAUGGACACAGUGUCAAGCAAGGUUUAUGCAAUACAAACAGGUAGAUCAGCACCACGCCCAUAUAAUCCCCUGGAGCAUCCAUACAGUUAUUAUCAAGAUAACAAGGAAGAUAUUUGGUCUGCCAGUGAACUCUACUUUGCUCAAGCACCAACCAAAUCUAAAGAAGACAUUCUUAGAGAGAUUUGGAAUCACCGACGUCGACAAGAACCUAAGUUGAAACGAGAGCGAUUGAAAGACUUUUGCUUUGUUCAAUAUUUUAUACAACUAUGCAGACUAAUUCUGCGUAUUUUAGGAUCAAAGCUAUUUUUAAAGCUAAUCCUGUUUGCUCUUGUUGUAUUUUUCUUGGGGAUAUUUCUGGCAGCAGCAGACGCAAUUCUUACUGCAGACAACAUCAAGCUGUUCUUAGACAGACACCUGGGUGCAUCUCAGCUGAAGGACCACUUACUAAUGUCAGACAACACACUGAUCAAUUAUGCGGAUUAUCUAAAUAGACACUUAGUUUUUAUCAAGAAAUUCGUAGACUGGGAGAUUGCAGAUUUCAAUGCAGUUCUGGAAGGAGUCAGACAAAAUCAGAGGCAGCUUUUAAAUAAAGUUUUGGAAGAUAUCUGCAACAUUAUGGGAAACACAUCAUCUUCAUCAUCACAGACUUCAUGUAGCUCGCCACCAUCACUUCCUACCACCACAAUUACCUCGUGUAACUUCAUGUCCAUCCAGCCACAGUUUUAUGAUGGAAUUCUUCAAGAGGUCUCGGUCCAGCUCCUCCAAAAUAACCUCACAAGUACAGAGCUAGCGAGCCGACAGAUGGUGUUCCACAGUGUAUAUCUGCUUCUGUUCCUCGCCUGUGGCAUGUUUUUGAGUCAUGCAGUUGCACAAGUCAUAAACUAUUACGUCUUUCAUGAAAGCAAGGUCCCUAUUUUGAGGAUCUAUCAGACAACGAGCUCAUCUUCCCCGUGGCCCGAGCAUCACAACUGUACCGUUAAGGACAUGCACCGUAGCGCCUCCUGGCUACAGAGCAGUGAAAGUGGUGUAUACCUUGGAGACAAUGAAGAAAAUGUGCGUGAAUCCGCUAUGUAAAUAGAAACAACCCCUACUCACUUCCCUCCUACCUGGAUUCCUGGGAUAUCCUUGGCUGCUCCAGUUUCCUCCUUACAAUUAGGAGGUUUCUGGAUUCAUUACAGUGGCAUGCCAACAUAUCUCCAGACCAUAACCUGGAGGAGUAACUCACAAAUUUGUGUUCUUAGGAUUGUGUAAUCUAUUACAAGUGGACACAGCAUUCAUCCUGGACAAUAGAUGUUGGUCAUAUUCCUACAAGAUCAUGCUAUUGUUUCUUAGUUCAUAUUUGUCCAUCCGGUGACAAUAAGAAGAAGUCAUUUUAAAUAAGUAAUCAUCACUAUCAAAUGAAUGUUUCCAGGAAGCAAUGAGAAAUGAAGUAAAAUGAGGAAAGAGGCUUUCCCUUUCGCCAAUAGCUGUUUGGUACAUGAUGCCUGCACUUUUCCCAGUCAUGCUCUGAAGGAAAAAAAAAAAAUGAUGCUAAAAAUAUAUUGUUAUUAUUCAACUCCCCAAACCCAUCAUGAGAAAGAGAAGGCAAACGAGUUUAAAGUUAAAGCAAACAAACAAAAUGAAUGGAGUAUCUAAAAUGUGUAUGUUUGUAUUUAGGUGUAUGUAAGAGAACUUAGCUUUCAGUUUGCCUUCGGUCUUUCCAGAAAAAUAUAUGCAAGCAAAUCAUAUUACAUUGCCUGCCACUCAUCAAUCCUUAUUUUAAUCAGUUGUUAUUAAUUUCAUUAAAAAAAAAACGAAACAAAAACAAUAAAAAAUAUACAUAGUAUACAGAUAUGUAUAUAUGUGUAAUACAUUACACAAAUAUACAUGUGU